AUGAAAGAUUCAAAUUAUAAAGAUACUAAAAUUUCAUUGUCAAAAUCCAAGGAAUUCUUUAUACAUUAUCAAUUGUUGAUGUGGAAAAAUUUCUUACUUCGUAAACGACGCCCUGGAUUUCUUUUAGUUGAAAUCUUAGUCCCUUUGAUGAUCCCAAUUAUUUUAGUUGGAAUACGAACUGAAUCACCACCAGUAAAUGAGAACACAUGCCAUGUUCGUUCAGUAAAUCUUCCAACAAUGGGUUUAUUCAGUUAUCUACAGUCAAUUGUUUGUAAUUUCCUUUAUCGUUGUCAUUCUAUAGAUCCUGAUAGUACUUCUCAACAGUAUAAUUAUACUGUGUUUGGUAAUUUACUUGAGAAUAUUUCUAGUAUUAUUGGAGAUUUGUUGGCUGAAAAUGUAACAAAAGAUUUUCAGCAUUAUAAUGUUUCAAAUUUCUUACAAUUUAUUAAUAAUUCCAAUAGUCAAUCAUUCAAACAAUUAAAAUUUAUCUUAUUCAAUAUUCAACAAAUUUAUCAAGAUAUUUUUAAUGAAUUAAUUUAUGAAAAUGAUACUACAAAUGAAAAUAACAAUAAUCAAUUAAAUGAAUUACAUAAUAAUAAAACAAUUAAUUUUGGUAUAUUUAAUAUAACUAUUAAACAAAUUCAUUGGUUAUCCACUAUCUCACGAUUUAUAUGCGGUACAAAAACAUCAAAUUUAAAUGACAUUGGUCAAUUAAUGGAAUUUUUAAAAGAUAUUGAUUUUUCUAAUUUAUUUGAUAUAGAAAAAAAAUUAACACGAAUUCAACGUUCAAUAUCAUUGACAAAAACAAUGAAUUAUAUAAAUUCAAUAAAUAAUAAUUAUAAAAUUAAUUGUAUUACAUUAGAGAAAUUAUUACGUAAUCCAUUAUUUAUAAAAUAUACAGGACGUAUAAGAUUUUUAUUAAAUGGUUAUAUAUUUUAUUAUCCUGUUAAUCAAUGGACUAAUGAAAUUAUGUAUAGGGUAAUGGAACCACAACGUUUAUUAAUAUUAUUAAAAAAUACAUUAAAACAAUAUCAAUUACAUACAAAACCAAUAUUAAAUUAUUAUUUAUCAAAUACAUCAAUAAUAAUACAAAUUAGAAAGUUAUUAAACCUUUGUAUAUUACAUUCUAAUAAUAAUAAUAAUAAUCAUAAUGAUAAUAAUCAUAAUACCAUAUUACGUAAUACCAUUAGAAGUAUUUGUAUGAAAGCAUUAUAUUGGUUAAGUCCUGAAUUAAACAAUUAUUCUAAUGAAACUAAUGAUUUAUUAAAUCAACCAAUAAUUUUUAAUCGAAUUAAUAAUAUUAUUGAUAUGAUUAUACAAUUAUUAGAAUGUUUUCCUUUAGCAACACAUAUAUAUGGUGUAAAUAAUAUAACAAAUUUUAAUUUAUUUAUGGAUUUAUUUAAAUCACAAGUACAUCCAAUUGUUCAAGGUAUUAUUUUUAAUAAUACAAUAUUUUCAUCUAAUCAUAAUAAUAAUUAUACAUUAGAUAUGUUAAAAAAUUCAUCAACUAUAGUAACAAUACGUCAAAGUCCAUAUCUUAUUGAUGAUACAAAUAAUUAUAAAGUAUUAGAUUAUACAUGGCAUCCAGGACCACGUAAUAAUAUUCAUGAUGGGGAUACAAAAUAUUUUACAAGUGGUUUUUUAGAUAUACAAGAUUUAAUUAGUAAUGCUAUUAUAGAAAUAUCUAAUAAUAUACCAGAACGUAUCAAACGUUUAAAUGAUUCAUGGAAUAUAUGGAAUACAUCUCCAUCAUCAUCAUCAUCAUCAUCAUCAUCAUCAUCUUCAUCAUCAUCAAUGGAUUUAUUGAUUGGUAAACAAAUGAAAUUUUUUCCAACCACAUGUUAUAUCAAUGAUAAAUUUUUAUAUAAAAUAACAAAAUUAUUACCACAAUUAUUAAUACUUACAUGGAUAUUAACAUCUAUGUUAUUAACUAAAUAUAUUGUAGAAGAAAAAGAAUUAUAUAUAAAAGAAUUUACUAAAAUUAUGGGUUUUACAAAUAUAAUACAUUGGUUUAGUUGGUUUAGUAGUACUAUUAUUAUUGUAUUCCCUAUAACUAUAAUCAUUACAAUUAUAUUAAAAUAUGGUAAUAUUAUUAUAUUAAGUAGUAUAUUUAUUAUCUUUUUAUUAUUUAUUUCAUAUAUUAUAUCAAUUAUAAUGUUUUGUUUUUUAUGUUCAAUAUUUUUUUAUAAAGCUAAUUUAAGUGCUAUUAUAACUGGUUUAUUUUAUUUUAUAUUAUAUAUACCAUUACCAAUUAUAUUAAUGAAUGAAAAAUCAAUUAAUGAAUUUAUAAUUUUAUUAACAUCAUUAUCAAAUCAAGUAGCAUUUUGUUUAGGUUUAUAUUCAUUAUUAAAAUCAGAAUCACAAGGUUUUGGUAUACAAUGGAAUAAUAUAUGGAAAUUAAAAUUAAGUGAUACAUUAUAUUCACCAGGUAAAUGUAUUAUUAUGUUAUGGAUUGAUUCUAUAUUAUAUUUAUGUAUAACACUUAUAAUUGAAUGGAUUAUAUCAAAUAAAUAUUAUAUAUAUCAAUCAUUUUAUUCAAGAAUUAAAUAUUAUAAUUGGAAAAUGAUAAGAAAACAUGAAAAACAUUCAAUAGAUUCAAUUAAUAAUGUUGUUUAUGAAAAUGAUAGAAAUUUUCCAUUCUAUAUAGAAUGUAAUACAGAAUGCUUGCCAAUUAGUAUAUCUAUAGAGAAUAUAAGUAAAAUAUAUACUAAAAAAACCAAACCAGCAUUAAAUCAAUUAAAUAUAAAUUUUUAUCAAAAUCAAAUUACAUCAUUAUUAGGUCAUAAUGGAUCUGGAAAAUCUACAUUAAUAUCUAUAUUAACUGGUAUACAUAAACCAUCUAAUGGUACAGCAUUAAUUUGUGGUUAUAAUAUACUUAAUCAAAUGAAUAUAAUACGUAGAAAUUUAGGUUAUUGUCCACAAUAUAAUAUACUUUAUGAUUAUUUAACAGUUAUUGAACAUAUUAAAUUUUAUGCUAAAUUAAAAGGUUUUAAUGAAAAACAAAUAAAUAAUGAAUUGAAAUAUUUUACAAAAUUAUUAAAUUUAAAAAAUAAACUUUAUGAACAAGUCAAAAAUUUAUCUGGUGGACAAAAACGUAAAUUAUCAAUAGCUAUAGCAUUUAUUGGUUAUUCAUCAAUUAUAUUAUUAGAUGAACCAACAACUGGUAUUGAUCCAUAUUCACGUAGAUCAAUAUGGGAUUUAAUAAUAAAAAUGAAAUUAAAUAAAACUAUUAUUAUAACAACACAUCAUAUGGAUGAAGCUGAUAUACUUGGUGAUCGUAUAGCUAUUAUAUCACAAGGUAAAUUAAAAUGUUAUGGUUCUAAUUUAUAUUUAAAAUCAAUAUAUGGUCAAGAUUAUUAUUUAAUAUUAGAAUAUCAAAAUCAAUUAUUAGAUAAUAAUAAUAAUAAUAAUUCGAUUGAAAGUUCUCAUAAUGAUACUAUAACAAAUGAAGAUUUUAAUUAUAUUAAUAAUUAUUUAAAACAAUAUAUUAAUGAUAUUAGUUUAAUGGAUUUUAAUCAAAAUGAAAUGAUAUUUCGUAUACCAAUACAUAAUGUGAAUGAUGGUUCAUUAAUUGAAUUAUUAAAACAAUUCGAUUGUCAACAAUCUGAUAAUAAUAAUAAUAAUAAUCCAAUGAAAUUACCUAUUGAAUUAACAUCACAUGGUAUAAUGAGUUAUGGUUUAACGGAUACAUCAUUAGAAGAAAUAUUUCUUAGUAUGGCUGAUGAUCCUGCAAUAUUAUCACAAGAUACAAAUAAUCAAUUAUGUAAUAAUAUAACAACUAGUAAUCAAAAUGAUAAUCAAUAUGAAAUAGAUAAAAAUCAAUACAAUAUAUCAGCGAAUCAAACACAACAACAACAACAACAACCACCACAACAACAACAAAUAUUAACUUGUACACAACGUUCAAUAUCAUCAACAUUAUUAAAACAUCAUCUUUAUCAUAAAUAUUAUCAUAAAACAAAUAAUAAAAUAAAACAAUCCAAUGAUAUAACAAAUAUGAAUUCAAUAUUUAAUGAAAAUAUAUCAUUUAAUCAAUCUAAUAUAAAACAACAAAUGAAAGCAAUGUUUAUAAAACGUUUACAUUAUUUUAAACGAUCUAAAUUAAGUAUAUUUAUUGAAUUUAUAUUACCAAUAGGUGUAUUAAUUUUAGCUAUAAAAUCAUCACAAUUAUUUAUAAAAUCAUCAUCUAAUCAACCAAUGAUUAUAACACCAUGGCUUAUGAUAGAUAAUAAAAAUAAAUUACCAUUAAAUACAUUUUAUGAAAAUAAUUUAUAUGAAUUUAAUGAUCCUAUUGAAAAUUUAAUGAAUAGAUCAUAUCUUUUUAAAUCUAUUUUAAAUAUAGCAUGGAAUUAUGAGAAUAUAUUAAAAAAACCAUAUGGAUGGACUAGUAUAGGAUGUUUAUCUAAUGAAACAUUAAAACAAUUGAAUGGAUAUUAUUAUAAAAUUUAUGAUCAAUGUAAUUUAUCUAAUAUAAAAUUAAUUAAAAAAGAGCUAACAUAUAAUGAAAUGAAAUAUAUACGUUCUAUUCAACCAUAUGAAUGUUUAUGUAAUUUAUCAUGUUCAUUAAAUAGUUUUAUAUCUAAUAAUCAACAACCAAGUUCUAAGAUAUUAGCAACUAAAGAUAUUUUUUAUAAUUUAACAUCAUAUAAAGUAUCAAAUUAUUUAUUAAAUACACAAAAUCAAUAUAUAAGACAAAGAUAUGGUGGAUUAAGUUAUCAUACAUUAAAUUAUCCAUCAUUUCGUAAAAUUUCAAAAUAUUUAUUACAUCCAAAUAAUAUAUUAAUAUAUUUAUUAACUAAUGUUACUAGUAUCUAUGAUUUAAAUAAUAAUUUAACAAGAAUAGAUACAUUUUGGAAUAAUUUUAUAACAUUUUUACGUUUAUCACUUCCAUCUAUAUCAUAUUUACGUAUAUGGUUUAAUAAUAAAGGUUAUGUAUCUGGUCCAGUUUAUUUAAAUUCAUUACAUAAUUUACAAUUACAUAUGUUAUUAUAUAAUCAAACAAAUUAUAUUCAUCAAAAUAAUUUAACACAUAUUAUAUUUAUUAAUUAUCCAUUAACAUUACCAGAGAAAAAAUAUUAUAGUUUAGGUUUACCUAAAGAAUUAUUUGUUGAUUUAACAUUAUCUUUAUUUACAUUACUUAGUUUAUCUUUAAUACCAGCAAGUUUUAUAUCAUAUUUAGUUAAAGAAAAUAAUAUUGGUUCAAAACAUUUACAAAUUGUAUCCGGUUUAAAACCAUUUAUAUAUUGGUUUACAUGUUAUUUAUGGGAUAUUAUAAAUUAUAUAAUAUGUGGUAUAUUAUGUAUUAUAAUAUUUAUAAUCUUUGAAAAAUUAGCCUAUAUUCAUAUAGAUGUAAUUUAUUCAUUUAUAUUAUUAAUUAUAUUAUAUGGUAUAGCUAUUAUACCAAUGUUAUAUAUAACAACAUUUUUUAUUAAAUCAUCAAGUACAUCAUUAGUAAUAUUAUCAAUAUUUAAUUUAUUAAUUGGUUCUAUUACAUGUAUGUGUACAUUAAUAUUAGAUGAUUUUUCAAAAAAUAAUAUAUUAUUAGAAUUAAUUAAUAAUAUAUUAAAAAUUAUAUUUACUAUAUUUCCACAAUAUUGUUUAAGUCGUGGUUUAUUUGAUUUAGCUAAACGUUAUUAUAUUAUAAAUACAAUAAAACAAUAUACAAUGGAUAUAAAUAAAUCAUCCUCUGCCUCCUCAUCCUCCUCCUCAUCAUCAUCAUCAUCAUUUAUACAUUAUGAUACUAAUCCAUUGAAUUGGAAUAUACUUGGUAAUAAAUUAUUUGCAUUAUCCAUUGAAGCAUUUUUAUUUUUUUUAUUUGUUUUAUUAAAAGAGAAUAAUUUUUUUAUACAAUCUAUAAAAUAUUAUUUAUAUAUGAAUUAUCCAAAAUUAUUAUCUAAACAUAAUAGAAUAUUGAUUAAAAAACUUGAUCAAAUAAAAUCUAAUCAUAAUAAUAAUAAUGAUAAUGAUCAAAGAAAUAAUAUUAAUGAAUCAAUUAUUGAUAAUGAUGAACAAAAUAAUUCUGAAGAUGAAGAUGUACACGCUGAAAGAUUACGUAUUUUAAAGGCUGACAAAGAAGGUUAUAUCAAUUCUCUAUAUUCAGUUGCUGUUAUUGAUUUAACUAAAUUUUUCCCUCGGAAAAAGAAACCAUCUGUCAAUCGUUUAACAUUUGGAGUUCGUCCAGGAGAAUGUUUUGGAUUACUUGGAGUUAAUGGAGCAGGUAAAACUACUACAUUUAAUAUGAUUACUGGUAAAUUAAAUCCAUCCAUGGGAACUGUAUAUGUAAAUGGAUUUAAUGUAGUUACACAAACUAAGAAUGCACUUAAAAAUUUAGGAUAUUGUCCACAAUUUGAUGCUGUUCAUGAUCUUUUAACUGGUAGAGAAACACUUACUUUAUAUGCUCGUUUACGUGGUUUUCCUGAAAAACAAAUUUCAAUAACUGUUAAUGAAUUAUUACAAAAUAUGGGUUUAUUACCAUAUGCUGAUCGAAUUACAUCAAUUUAUUCUGGUGGUAAUCGUAGAAAAUUAUCAACUGCUAUUGCUAUUAUUGGUAAACCAAAAGUAAUAUUACUUGAUGAACCAACUAGUGGAAUGGAUCCAAUUGCUAAACGUUUUAUGUGGGAUCAAAUUAUAUCACUUAUUAAAAAUGGUCGAUCUAUUAUAUUAACAACUCAUAGUAUGGAAGAAUGUGAAGCAUUAUGUCAAUCUAUUGGUAUUAUGAUAAAUGGACAAUUAAAAUGUUAUGGUAGUAUACAACAUUUAAAAAAUCUUUAUGGUAAUGGUUAUCGUGUUGAAAUACGUUUAAAUCAUUUAAUAACUAAUGAAAAAAUUAAUCAAUUAAAAAAUAAAUUUUCUAAAAAAUUUCCUAAUUCAAUAUUAAAUGAAUUACAAUCAUAUUAUUAUGAAUAUCAAAUGGAUAAAGAUAUUCAAUUAUCAAUAUUAUUUAAAUUAUUAAAUAAAAUGCAAUUAAAUCAUAUAAUUGAACAUUAUUCUGUAAAACAAACAACAUUAGAUCAAGUAUUUGUUAAUUUUUCACGUAAUCAAAUAUAUCAUGCAAAACAACAACAACAACAACAAAAUAAUAAUAAUAAUACAAAUACUACUGAAUGAAUAAAAUAGAAUAUUGAAUUAAACAUAUCCUCCCCUAUCUUUUAUUGAAAUGCAUUUAUUUCAAUGUGUUGCGAUGCGGUAUGGUAACUUGAAUUGUAUGUAUGUAUGGAUGGAUGGAUGGAUGGAUCUACGAAGUUCUAUGUUGUUGCUAACUGAUGGACUGACUUACUGACUGAUUACGAUGAUAUAACAAUCAUGAAUUGCAUAAGUUACUAUUAUGAUUAUUAUUAUUAAUUAAAAAGUAAUGAUAUUACUUACUGAAUUACUUAUUUACGCCUGUGACUCUUAAUAGAGUAUAGGCCGCUGACCAGUGUUCUGUAACCCACUUUAUUCUACGUCUUCCUUUCUAGUUCUAUCCAAUUUUUUUGUUCAUUCUUUUCAUAUCUGUCUUUAUAUUUUGAUGUAAUGUGUUCUUCGGUCUUCCUCUCCACAUUUUGGGCCUUAAGGAUUCCGAGUCAGGGCAAAUCAAUAUCAUAUCAUAUAUACAUAUAUAUAUAUUAUUAUUCUUGAACACUCAAUUGUUAUUUUCUUUCUUAGAAAAAAGAAAACAAACAUUUUUGACCAAUAUUUUUUAUUAUAUGAAACAAUCAAGUAAGUUUUAUGAAAAAAAAUUAGUUCCUUGUUUUUUUUUUGUUUUUGUUUAUUAUCGAAUGUAUUAUUUUUUUAACCAUUUUCAAUUGUUGUUUACUCCAAGUAAUAAAUAAGUAAUCAUCGUAACUCAGAUUUGUUCACUAGUUGUAUACUAAUAGCUUUUAAUUUAUUGAGUCUUCCAAAACAAGAAAUAACCGAGAAUGAAUAUGAAUGUAUUGAUGAAAUAGAUAAUAUCAAGUAAAUACUUGUGUAUGAAACAUUUACAAUUUGAUACAAAUAUAACAUUUUGUUUUAUUGUUAUUAUUAUUAUUUUUUACUAUUCUUUAUCGUGGAUGCGCCCUUCUGAGGAGUCCCAUACUAGGACGAAACGGCCGUCCAGGGAUUUUAAGUUUACCAUGGUGGUCUAGCUUCAAAUGACUCAUGAUUUCAACUGUUGAAAUUACUAAAAUCUCCACA